GAAGGUGCCAGAGUGCCAGGCAGAGUGGCAGGAAAGUGACAGUCGGGGGCUCAGCCAGGGACAGACAGAGCUGGGGGCGGAGUGAAGUGUCCGGUUCCUCCUCCUGUUCAUUUGCCGCUGGUGUUGGAGCCAGAGCCGGGGAGUGAGAGGCAGAGAGAGCGCAGCUCCGGGUGAGAGGGACGUUUAAUUUCGGGAGAGAAGAAUUUUGGGUACCGGGAAAAAAGCAAAGUAAGAGGUCGGUGCCCAGCGGGAACAUUUACCCCCCCCCUGUGUCAGGACUCGAGGUGACAGUUGCGCGCAGAGGAGUUGGAGAAGGUCCCCGUGGGACUGGCAGCAUGUGACUGGCACCUCCUCUAUCUCUCAGCACCCAGGGGCCCGGCACUGACACCUCAAGGAAGAAAGCGGAACGGGGUCACGUGACCGCGGGAUAUCCAGCUCGUAAGAAUCCUUGGCCGUACCACAGAAAUGGAGGGGGACAAUCUGAGCUGCAUCAAAUAUCUUAUGUUCAUCUUCAACUUCUUCAUAUUUCUUGGUGGUGCCUCGCUGCUUGGACUUGGGGUCUGGGUCCUUGUCGAUCCUACUGGUUUUCGGGAAAUCAUUGCCACCACCCCUCUGCUGUUCAUGGGCGCCUAUCUGGUCCUGGCUAUGGGAGGCAUGUUGUUCUUGCUGGGAUUCCUGGGCUGCUGCGGAGCCAUCCGUGAGAAUAAAUGUCUGCUGGUCUUCUUCUUCAUGUUCAUCCUGGUGAUAUUCCUAGCGGAGCUGUCGGCUGCUAUCCUGGCGUUCCUAUUCCGGGAGAAUUUGUCCAAAGACUUCUUUGCGAAGGAGGUGAAGAGACAUUAUCAUGGAGAAAACAGCACAGAGGUCUUCUCCUCCACGUGGAAUUCCAUCAUGAUUACUUUUGGAUGCUGCGGUGUGAACGGACCGGAAGACUUCGAUGACGCCCUUCGCUUUAGGGCCUUGCACCCGUACGAUGCCGUGCCCGAGGCUUGCUGCCAGAGGGAGGUCCAGUCCAGAGCUGGGAAAAUCAUCAGCAGGGGGGAUUGCCUGCUGGGCCGAGAGAACUAUCAGAACCGACAGGGCUGCUACUCGGUGAUACUGAACUCCGUGGAGCCGUACGUGUAUCUCGCGGGGGCCCUGGCAAUCGGGGUAUUAGCCAUAGAGCUCCUGUCGAUGGUGUUUGCCAUGUGCCUGUUCCGAGGGAUUCAGUAAAAGCAAAGAGACUGCAGAGAGGAGAGUAUGUGCAAAACUUUCUGGGUCUUCACCCCCUCCCCCAUCUCCCAUAGGAAGCGACAGGAACUUAUUAAAAUAAAUGACAACCCUUUUCCCGGCCUGGAAUGUUCUGCAGCACAACUUUUUGGAUUAUUCUUCGCUUGUGGUGCGAUUUGCUCCCCGUCUGCAGCCCGGAAACAACAGCUUAUAACAAUUAAAGGAUAUUUUAUCUCUUGGAUUAUGAAUUAAUGAUCGACACAGGGCCCCCCAUCUAGAGGCAGGAACAAGUGCUGAAUAAAACAAUUGGAUUCAAGGAUCCUGCUCUCAAGAGCUUACAGUCUAAAGACAUUUUGAACUGUUUAUUCCUGCCACAUGACAGGAGGAGAAGUGACACUCUUUUUGCUGAAACGAAUCCUCUCAACCCAUUGCUGGACUUUGUUGCAAUUGCCAUAAUAUUAAAUACUUGUAAUGGGGCGUUCCUUCGGGGCCCCCAUUGUUGUUCCUCAAAACUGGCAGUUGCAUUAAUAGGAAAGGGGGAAAGAGUGCGUCGCUGGGGACACCAGCGGGAGAAAAUGAUUUCCUUUAGCCCAUUGGCAAGGAGAAUUUAUUGCUACCGUGCUGCAGAGAUGCAUCCUGGGAAUGCGCACUUACCCACACGACUACUGAUUUACUAUUAUUGAGCAUCCCAGGACUGCAAUAAGGUUCUCAUUGCGCUCAUGAUCCAGUAUCUCUUUACAUCUAUGGGUUCUACAGAUAUAACCGCCAGUUGGAAUUAGGGGCCACUGUAGAGUAGGACCUCUUACAAGUAGUAUUUUUGGUUUAAAUAUAAGGGGUGCCCAUUGGACCUCCCUAAUAUAUAAAUCUCAUUUCCAGGAGCGACAAUUUCAAGACGCUUAUACAGGUCUCGCCCGAGUUAAUGCAAUAGGCUGGUGCACAAGUGGGAGGGGCUUGCACUAUUUUGCACAUUGCGACUCACCAGUGGGUGCAUUACGAGGGGGGGGUCCUCUGUGCCUUAAAACUGAGCCGUUUCCAGCGAUCUAAUGAGGACAAUCCCAAUAAAUGGGGCUGAACGUUCCUGGAGGGCAAAGGGAUUAUGGUGACGCCAUUUUGGAUUUGGAUUUAGAGAUUUUACAACCCAACGAAAAAUUUGAUUUGCUUUCGUAUCAAUAGAAAUCCCAGGCUUGACUCCAUAGGCCAGUAGCCUGAUCACUUCCCCCAGGGAUGAUCUGCUCCUCGAAGUAGAGGCUUUGGGCUGGCGGCCCACUGGGCAUUUAGGAGUUUGAUACCUCUGUGGCUUUACUUGGCCUUUAAUUCAAUUUGCACAACGCUGCUUUGUGAUUUGCUUCAGCCACCGAAACCACUUAAUCGUGUAAAUCAAUGUGAAUACAAUACAGUUGUGUCCAUUG